AUGGCAGAGGUCUUGGUGUCUCUGGAUGCUAUCCAGCGAGAGCUGGAGAAUGCAGCCCGUCAUGGCAACGAGCGCCACGAGGUUUUCGGGAAAGUUUCGCCAGAAGCGCAACGGGUUUUGUCUGCAUGCGGUAUUCGACGCGGCACACGUGGUUUCACUGCGCGGACACCAUCAAGCGUAGAGGUGUUGCGCGCGGCUUGUGGCAUCGUUCGGCAGUUGUUGCUGUCCCUCGAGGAGGAUGCGCCAGCAGCGCAGCAGCGGGAACCUGUUGCGCCGUCAGCUGGUUCGGGCGACAGGCCCCGUGGUCACCUUCCACAUGAGGAUGAGAGCAGGAGAACACCGAAGUCUGCUUCGCCGCAGCCAGAUAUGUCGCCGGCCGAAGAAGACACCACCGAUGCGGAAGCCUCGCAUCCUGGUGCAGGCAGCCCGCUGUCUCCAGAAGAUGUUGCACCUGAGGCACCUGCCGAGCAAUUGCCGUUGGCCACGGCAGCGUUCGAGCCGAAGGUGGUCUCCUUCGAACGUUUUCAUGCUGAAAAGUUCCGGGUGUCGGCCGAACAGCUGGGGGCUAUCGAAAGGGCGUGCGCAGAGCGUGGGGAGACGUAUGUGGACCCGCAGUUUCCUCCAACUGCGGCCUCGUUAUACCUCUCGGCAGAGGAGGAGCACACCUGGCAAUGCUUGAGCUGCCACACUCACAGCAGGCUUCCACCAGUUCCGCCCUUGGCAAGCUCGCGCGAAGAAGCUGAUAAGCAGGAGCAGGAUUUCCGGAACAAGGUGCGCUGUCAAGGUUGUGGACAGCUUGCGCACUAUGUGGUCCAGGUGCGAUACUUCACGCGCCCAACGCAGUGGCUGAGACCUGGCCACACGUGCGAGGGCUGCCAGUUGAUAUGGAGCCAGCUGCACAACGGGAACGAGCUGGCCGCCACUAUGUGCACGCACUAUCUCCGCGACUCAGUGUCUCAAGUCCUCGGAACGCCGUGGAAGGUCAUCCGCGAGGCAGCACGCCCCGAAGAUGUUUGCCAGGGUGCCUUGGGCAACUGCUGGUUCGCGGGAGCCCUGAGUGUGGUGGCACAGAUGCCCGACCUGAUCGGCAGGAUUUGCGUCACCAAGGACCUACGUCCGCAUGGUGUCUACCAACUUCGCCUUUGCCAUGCUGGAGAGUGGCUCGACUUGGUGGUGGAUGAUUACUUCCCUACUUCCCAGGUGUCCGAAGGCUUCACUGAUGGCCAGACCAUCCGCUUCUCCCGGGGCGGAAGCCUCUGCUACCUCGGGGGGGCCAGGCGUCAGCUGUGGCCGCCCUUGGUCGAAAAGGCGGCGGCCAAACUCUUCGGUUGCUAUGGUGCACUGAAAGGUGGCACCUUUGCAGAGGCUCUGGCUCUCUUCACUGGGUAUCCAACACAGCGUCUUCGUCUUUACGUUCCUGCGGCAGCCCGGCGCGAGAAGGAGGAGAAACGCCAGGCUCGACACCAACAGCGCAUGCGCCUCUUGCUUGGUGGAGCAGAUGUACCCGCAGAGCAAAGUGAAGACAGUGACGACGACGAUGAUGACCUGACCUGGUCCAAGCUGCUCUCCUGCAAGGAAGCUGGCUACUUGCUGGGUGCUGGUUGCUCCGAAGAAGGCUGCGAGAAGUCCAAGACUCAUAUCGUUGAGGAGAUGGGACUGCAGGCACCGCAUGCAUAUGGAAUCUUGGAUUUUGCAGAGGUCGCAAUUGAGGGCAAGACUGCCCGCUUGGUCAAGAUCCGGAAUCCAUGGGGCCAAAACGCACCUCGCACCUGGAAAGGAAAGUGGGGUAAGGACUGGAGUGGAUGGACGCCCGAGCUGCAGAAGCAGCUAGGUGUCAUCAACAGCUCAGGUGUGCUCAUGGAUGACCCCAUGUCAAUUUUCUGGAUGGCCUUCGAGGACGUCAAGGACCGACAUCGGUCUUGUUGCAUUGCAUGUGUGCCGAGUACCAAGCACGCAAUGGUUCUUUGGCCAGGAAUACUUUGCGCAAGUGGAGAUUUGCCGAGUUCAUCACAACUGGCACGAGGCAGCCCUGAGAGUUCCAGAAAUCAUGAGCGAACCGCGGCAUCCUGCGCGAAACAGAAACACAGGCGUACUGUACGCAAUAACCAGACCUUGAGGAAUCUUGCUAGGAAGCCGGCGGUCGAACCGCUGUGUCGCAGACACCAUCUACUUAGCCUCGACCAAGCCUUGCAUCCUUUUGGGGCACCCGACCUCGAGGUUGCUCUCUGCCCGGUUGGGGUCAGAGGGUUUAGGGUUUAG